AUGUCACAGCAACAUGAUGAUCACCUGGCCUAUGGCCGCUACUACCAGGGCUCGGAUCGCGGGGCUGCAGACAGCGCGAGAGGACUUGUCGGUGAUACCUUCAAGAAGCUACGAAACACCUACAAGGCCCAUGGCUCUUCGCACGCAUCAAACCAGACUUACAACCAGGGGGCUCAUCAGGAGGCCUACCCGAACCAGAACCAGAAUCAGCCCCCAUAUGGAUAUAGCAACACUGGCGAUGCGGCGACCCAGCCCCAGUACCACAAUCAACCACCCAAGGAAGACAGGAUUCAAGGAUUCCUAGGGAAACUGCAGGGGACUGUCACUGAGCUUGGCACUGACGUCGCUCAGCGCCUCGGGACCGCCAUUGACCCGCAGGCCUAUGCUGAAUAUGGCCCUGGAAAGCCCGGUACCGAGAACCGAUUUGGGAGCUUUGCACCCCCGCGAGAGCAAAACGACGUAAAGUGGUAUGUGGACGGCUGCAGUUACUUCUGGGCCGUAUCGCGGGCUUUGGAAAAUGCACGCGAGUCCAUCUGGAUUCUGGACUGGUGGCUCUCUCCGGAGCUGUACCUGCGAAGGCCCCCAGCGAAGAAUGAACAGUAUCGAUUGGACCGUAUGCUUCAGGCCGCGGCUCAGCGCGGCGUGCGGGUCAAUAUCAUUGUCUACAAGGAGGUGACCCAGGCGCUGACUUUGUCUUCUUCCCACACUAAGCAUCAUUUGGAAGAUAUGCAUCCCAAUAUUGCGGUGUUCCGUCACCCCGACCAUUUGCCUGACCGACAGGAGCUGACAUCUUCGAUCACAUCCUCACUGCACAACCUAUCGCUUGACUCUGCCAGUCUCUCCAAGAUGUCCAAAGAUACCCUCAAGGGGCUGUAUGGAAUGAACGACGAUGUCAUCCUCUACUGGGCCCAUCAUGAGAAACUUUGCUUGGUCGAUGGCCGGACUGCCUUUAUGGGCGGCCUGGACAUGUGUUUCGGUCGCUGGGACACUCACCAGCACGCCAUCGCUGAUGCGCAUCCGUCGGACUUGAAUGAGACUGUAUUCCCCGGCCAGGAUUACAACAACUCCCGAGUCCUGGAUUUCCAGGAUGUUGUACAUUGGGAGAAGAACCAGCUGGAUCGCAGAACCAUGUCUCGAAUGGGUUGGUCUGAUAUAUCCAUGAGCCUGCACGGAGCCGUCGUCGAGGAUCUGCGCCGCCAUUUCGUCGAACGGUGGAACUUCAUCUAUGACUCGAAAUACAAGGUUCGCGCUGAUUCGAGGUACUCGAGGCUGGUCCUCUAUGGCCGGCCCACCUCCGCGAGCGGCCAGCAAUAUUCGCAGCAACCCAACCCGUACCCGUCGGGUCAGUCGAGCCCGCAUCACCAGCAGACACCGGCCACGCAUCAGCCGGACGGCGCUGCGCCGACUUAUCCCCCGCCCCCAGGCCAGGGGCAGCAACAGUCUUCGCAGCAGUCGUCUGCGGCAUCGAACCAGCCUUAUCAACCCGGUGGUACUUCUACUCACCCCCCACCACCGGGCCAGUCAGCCCCUAGCCAGCAGCAGUCUUCUCAACAACCUUCAUACCAGCCAUCCCCAUCUGGCAAUUCGAGUGACUCCCCGAGCCAGGGCUCGUCGCAGUAUACCUACACGGGAAACUCCUUCCCGCCGCCUCCACCCGGGCCUCCUCCUCUGAACACGGCGACAAAACCUUCGUAUCAAAGCCAGCAGCACAUCCAGACACCGUAUUUCCCUCCUCCACCGACCCAAGAGCUUGAAGGGUCUACUAUAAACCAGAACCAGAGCCAGGUUCAGGUCCCUUACUUCCCUCCUCCCCCGGGCCAGGAAUCUGCUGUAUCGUCCAACCAGAGCCAGGCACAAAGCCAGACGCCUUAUUACCCGCCCCCGCCAGGCCAGGAGCCAUCUCAUUCUAACACUCGCGGUAUUGGUGAUUACCAGAACCAAGGCGAUCGCGAAAGGGCGUCCUUGGCACCGCGUCGCAUCCGAGAAGAUCUGACCCAGUAUGGAAACUCUCUUCGUGGCCAGCUGGCUGGCCAGAUCCAUCAAUACCAGGAUCGUCUGACGACAUAUGGCCGCCCAUCGUCUCAAGUGCGAGGCAACAUGUCCUGUCAGAUUGUUCGCAGCUGUGCAAAAUGGAGUAACGGCAGUCCGCUCGAACAUUCGAUUGCCGAUGCAUAUGCUGCAGUUAUUCGAAACAGCGAGCACUUCGUGUAUAUCGAAAACCAGUUUUUCAUCACUGCGACGGGCGAUGCACAGCACCCAGUCAAGAACAAGAUCGGCGCCGCUAUUUUAGAGCGGAUCCUGCGUGCUGCUCGCGCAGGCCAGAAGUACAAGAUCGUUGUGCUGAUUCCCUCCGUGCCCUGCUUUGCUGGUGACUUGCGAGACGAUGAGACUCUCGGGACACGUGCAAUCAUGGAGUUCCAGUACAACUCCAUCAACCGGGGAGGCCACAGUAUUAUGGAAUUGAUUGCCAAGGAGGGCUUCAACCCUAUGGAAUACAUCCGCUUCUACAAUCUCCGUAAUUAUGACCGCAUCAACGCUGGAGACGUGAUGGCUGCGGCUGAACACCAGAGCGGUGUCAACUAUGAGGAUGCUCGCCAGCAAUAUGAUGCGAACACUACGGGUCCUGGUGGCUAUGCCCCAAGUGCAACACGGAGUGCUUUCGAUACGACUGCACCGUUCCAGCAAUAUCAGCAAGCUGCGCACCAAGUGCAUGGCAGCAAGCCCACUUCUUCUGGUCGUUGGGAUAGUGUCAGCGAAUGCUACAUGCUGGGUGGCCAGGAUAUCCGCAAUGUUCCAUGGGAUGGACAUCCUGACGCUGAGAUUGAUGCGUUUGUGAGCGAGGAGCUCUACGUUCACUCGAAGGUGAUGAUUGCGGAUGACCGCGUGGUGAUCUGCGGAUCUGCGAACCUGAAUGACCGAUCUCAGCUGGGUGACCACGACUCCGAGAUUGCAGUCGUCAUUGAAGACUUCACCCCGGUGCCGUCCAGCAUGAACGGCCAGCCCUGGACAGCUAGCCGGUUUGCGACAUCUCUUCGCCGGGAGCUGUUCCGGAAGCACCUGGGACUCCUGCCACCGCAGGACUACCGACAGCCCAACGCGAACUUUGAGCCAGUAGGUAUCCCCAACAACGUGGAUAUGGACUGCCCAGAGAGCAAGGUCGUCGCCGACCCGCUUUCCGAUACUCUUCAGAGUCUGUGGAACUCGCGAGCGAAGACGAACACAGAGGUGUUCCGGAAGGUGUUCCACGCGGUUCCCGAUGACAGCGUGCGCAACUGGGCAUCGUACAAGGAGUUCUAUGAGUACUAUUUCCACGCCGAGAAGGACGCCGAGGGCAAGGAAGGACUGGGCCGGCCGGCGCGAUUCAACUGGGGGCAUGUUGUGCGUGACGACUUUGCGCCUGGUGCUGAGGGGGCAAAGCAGGUCAAAGAACUGCUCAGCCAGGUCAAGGGGACUCUGGUGGAGAUGCCUCUGAUGUUCUUGAUUGAAGAGGAUGUGGCCAAAGAGGGGCUGACGCUGAACGAUCUCACGGAGCCGAUCUACACCUGA